CAUGUUUAAGAAGUUUUAUAUUCAUGAUCGAAUAUUUGCAAAAACUAAAGGCUUACUGUAUUGGCCAGCAAGAAUAGCUGAUGCAUCUUUGUUGAAAAAAUCUCCAUCCAAAUAUCAAUAUCCUGUUUUUUUUUACGGAACCCAUGAAGUGGGUUGCGUUCACGUUAAGAAUAUCUAUCCUUAUUUUGAAUUUAAGGAGCAAUUUGCAGUGGAGAAUGAAAUGGAAAAAUUUAAUUUGGGAUUAUAUGAAAUCGAAAACGAUCCGGAAGUACUGGAUAAUGCGCCUGACAAGACCAUAGUAUCUGAAGUAGUUGAACCAGUUGGUUUUUCAGAAGGAAAAAGACUUAAGACGAAACAAAAUAAGGCCCUGGUUAAAGAUCGUUCCAAACAAAAAGAAACUAAGAAUAGUAUUAAACCAAGCAUUAAUAGACGAAGUCUGCGAAAUAUGAACAGGAGCUCCCCUAGUGGGAUUAAAAAGUGUGAUUUUGAUGAAUCCAUUGAAUUGAAGUCUUGUUUAAAAAAAUUAAACAGAAAAAUUACUGAAAAGGAAAAAAAAGUCACCUUUCAAAUGAAUGAGCAAUUGAGAAGAAGAAAUUCAAGCGCUACAAAGGUAUCGGAGAGUAUAGCCAAGUCGCAAGUGAAAACGAACAAAUUUGAAAAGUCGAGAAAAUCUCCGAAAGGAAAGAGAAGAGAGAUAGAAGUAGAGCCUUAUUUGAAAACAAGGUCUGCCAUGGCGAAAACAUUAGCUAAACUUGAAAAUAGUCCAAAGCAAUCUCAACAUGACGAUAAUAAAAAGAGAACAAUGAAUUUGAAAACCUUUGAACAGAGGAUAACGAACAAUUCUACUGAUCCAUUUCCUUCGAAAGUAAACAAAUCAAGCCAGAGUGAUAAAGACCUAAAUUCAAAUAUUAAAAACACAAGUCCAACCCUUGAAACGUCUAAAAAGGCAUUUGAUGCAAAAGAGUGUAAAACAAUAAAUAUGCAAAUAAGGAGUUCGCUUGAAGACACUAUCAUUGAAGUUAUUACUGCUAACAAAAAGUCUGAAGGGAGCAACCAUCAGUCAAGUAUGAGACAUACUACUACUAAAAAUAGGAUAUUGGGAAAAAAUAUUGUGACCGAGUUCUCCCAACAAAAAACGGAUGAAAUCGCUGAGGGCUUCGUUAAAGAACAAAACGUAAUGACAACUGGAAGUUUGCAGGACCAAAAGACGAAAGAUAGCAAUAAAGAGAGUGAAAAUAUUCCUGGAAACACGGAUUUACAACAAAAUGUGCAAAAUUUAAAACGAAAUUUUCCUGACAAUAAUCGGUCAGAAAUUUCUGUUGGAGGCCGUUGCGAAUUUACACCAAAUAAUAUGGAAACAAUAAGCUUGAUAAACACAUCAGAAAGUUCGGACAUCGUAUGUCGUAUUGAACAGGACUCUGAAGCUACUGCUCAAAUUUCUGACAUAGCUGCAAAACCUUUACUAAAAUCUGAUGAAGAAGAAGCUUCGAAGGAUUGUGAAAUAUAUACACCAGAAGAAAAAGGAAACUGCUUUGAUGAGAAAAUGGGAAAUAAUCUAUCAACUAAACGAGUACGACAGGAGAGCACCAUGGACGAUCAUGGUACAAUCAAUAAUGCUAAUACGGAAACAGAUGAUGAGCUUAUUGAAAAUGAGAUAGAUUCUCUUUAUGAAGAAUUAUCUUCUGAAUCAAGCAGUCUGAAUAUGCAAGAAAAUGACUCGUGCGAUGCUACGCACCAACCGGAAGAGCAUCCUUCAGAAAAUAUUCCUGAUGUCAAUGAUUCUAAUAAUUCGAACUUCUUGUGCAUCAAAGAAGACGUCGUUGAAUACGAAAGUCGAUUGAGAUUUGAUGAUCGCAGAAAAAAACUUCGAUUUGUGAAAGAAAUAAAAAGAGAACUAAAAGAUAUUUUAAGCACUGAUGAUCUCAAUUGUACUCUAUGUUUUGAAGUACUUGACAAGAUCUGUCGAAUUAAUCUUACGCCGUAUAUUCUAAGACGAUGUUCCUCUAUUGUUGGUACAAUAAAAAAGAUAAUAAAAAUGAACACAACAUGUCUGCUGAAAGCUAAAGCAAAGCAAGCGUAUUACAAAUGCAAAUCUUGCUUUAUGACCUUACCAGGUCAAAAGUUUUCGAAGAUUAUAGAACAACAAGUUGCAACAUAUAGAGAAACUAAGAAACUUAAAUCAGAGGAAAAUCAAAAAAAAGAAGGUAUUUGCCGAGUUUUCUUCUCUUCUCCAUUUACUGGGAUGGAAGAAGAAAGGCAAACACUUACUAAGAGAUUUUGGCCAAGAAUCGAGUCCCUGUGCAGUUCAAAAGGGCUACAGUUUUGUGCAGUUGACAUGAGGUGGGGCAUAACUGCACAGAGUGCCCAGGCUGCUCGAGUUAUAGAUAUUUGUCUUCGGGAGUGUGCUAGAUCAGAUAUUUUUGUAGGUUUCUAUGGUCAACGGUAUGGUUGGCAUGGAGAAUAUGAUGAAACUCUUCAAAAAAAUUUUGACAAUGCCAAAGAGAAAUUCCCUUGGAUUGAUAAAUAUCGUGACCGGAGUAUGACUGAACUAGAAUUUAUGGAAGGUCAUUUAAAUGAUCCGGGUAAAAUGCCAGCUUGUAUUUGCUUUAGAGACAAGUCUUAUGACGAUGAAAUGUACAAAAAGGCUGAGUUAGACGGUAAUACUGCCAAAAUGACAGCCUUCAUUUCUGAGUCUGAGGCUGCGAAAGUUCGUCUCGAAAAUUUGAAAGAAAAUAUCAUUAAAACAAAAGAUAAUACCAUUGGUGUUAUGGAAUCUUACAAAUCACCAAAAGAAGCUGCCGAGUUCAUGUUCGACUGUAUUUGGAGCUUCCUUAAAAGUAUGUUGAAUACAGAAACAAGUCUUUCUCACAGAGAACUUUCUCUUGCUCAACAUGAUGCAUACGCUGCCACUAGGUCAAAGUUAUUUAUUGGUCGACAAGACGUCCUAGAAAAAUUAUCAACAAAUAAAACAAACAUUCUGAUAUCAGGAGAAUCAGGCUCAGGAAAAUCUGCUUUAAUUGCCAGCUGGGAAAAACUAAAGUGUAAAAAACAGGACGAACAUAUUUAUAUUACUCAUUAUAUUGGGUGUGGCAGUGAAACUACAAGUAUUUUGGAUAUUUGGAAGAGAAUAAAUACAGAGAUACUCUAUAAGAAAAAAGAUUUAGAAUUUACUACAGAAGAGAAAACUAUUCGGGAAACCAAUGAGAUCAGAGAUCAUAUAACAAUAUUCCGAAAGUUCGAGCAAAAACUGAAAGAAAAGGGAGUUGAAUGUACAAUUGUCUUGGACGGCUUAGAAAAAGUCGAAAAAUCGUCAAAUCAAGUUUUCACUCCUCUUUAUUGGAUACCGAAAGUUCAAGAACAGCAUAUAAAAUUUGUCCUCACCACAACAUCGCUUGAUAAAGAAAAUAUUGACGAACUGAAGAGUAGAGGCUAUUCUGAAAUAAACUUGCCUCUUUUGGAUCGCAAUGAAAAAGAACAGUUGUGUCUGACCUUAUUAAGAGAAAAUUCAAAAGAAAUGACUCAAGAACAGCUCUCAAAAUUAGUAGAUAUUGAACAAACUCAAAACCCGCUGUUUCUUAAGGUUCUAAUUUCGGAACUUUGUGCUUUUGGCUCAUUUCGGCUAAUUAAUAAUAAAAUUGAUGAUUUAACAUCAGCAAAAGAUAUUAGUCAACUGUUCGAAAAAAUGAUUAUUCGUCUGAAAAGAGAUUAUAAUGACCCAGAAGCAGGCACAGAAAUUGUUGAGAAGACUUUAUGCGGUCUUACCCUUUCAAAGUAUGGUUUCUCUGAAAAUGAUCUGAAAAAUUUUUUAAAUAUAAAACAGCAUAUUUGGUCUCCGUUUUAUUACGCUAUUGAAAAAUUUUUGCUGAAUCGACAAUCAAUGCUACAAAUUGCUCAUUGGGAAUUAUCAAUAGUUAUCGAAAAAGAAUUUAUGGCCUUUGCAGAAAUUCGAAAAGGCCACAUCGAAAACAUGGCUAAUUUUUUUUAUGAUAUCUUUCAAGAAAAGAUCAGGCGAUCAGAAAAACUAUCUAUAACUCUUAUGAAUGAACUACCUGAACUCUUAAUGAAAGUUAAUAAACAAAAGGAAUUAAUUACGGUUUUGAGUAAUGAUCAAGUUAUUUCUCACUUUGAAAAGUUAAUAAGAUAA